AUGAGUAAUACGGAGAGCGGCUCAAGCAAAAAUGCAUACUCAGAUGAAAAUCAGGAUGAGUUGAUUAUAAAACAACAGCGUGAAAUCGAACAAGAAAUUGCUCAUUCCAACCCGCUAGUCAGUGAGUUUCAGCCGAUUUCUAGCCUCAACCAGGAGUACUUGGACGAUCCUAUCUACAUAUCAAAGAUUAAAGAUCUCUCAUCCAAGUAUAGAGCAAUCCGUCGUAGUCGCCCAGAUGGAAACUGUUUCUUCCGGGCAUUUGCUUAUGCCUAUCUAGAAUAUUUGGUGCUGAAUAAGGAGGAAUUCCAAAAAUUCUACGAAUAUGCUUCUAAGUCGCGAGAGCGAUUAACUGAAGCCGGCUUUCCUCCGUUUACUAUCGAAGAUUUUUACGAAACAUUUAUGGAGGUAAUUAAUAAGGUGAAACCAGACGGUGACGACACGGCUAGCGCGCUCAGUGAGCUACACAGGCUGUUCAAUGAACAGGGCUACUCGGAUUACGUUGUUGUGUACCUGCGACUGAUAACCUCGAGCCAUCUGCAGGAAAAGGCUGAUUUUUAUCAGAACUUCAUCGACGGCAACAUCAGCAUUGUCGAGUUUUGCCAUCAAGAGGUAGAACCCAUGUAUAAAGAAUCGGAUCAUAUCCACAUUAUAGCGAUUUGCUCGGCAUUAGACGCCGGCGUACGCGUUGAAUACAUGGACAGAGGUGACGGAGAUCAAGUAAUUGCUCACGACUUUCCGGACGGAUUCAAACCAAAUGUUUAUCUCUUGUACCGUCCUGGUCAUUACGACAUUUUGUACCCCAAUCAAGUGUGAAUUUGGCUGUUUUCGCAACGCAAAAAUAUAGGCAUUUCACUUUGUCUAUAUCCCUUGCAUCCUGGGAAAGGGCCAGUUAAUAACGUUUACACUUGCGCAUACCAACAAUACCAACGAAUGUCUACUAUGUAAUACUGUCUUUGUUUUUCACGUCCUUCGAUAAUUCGGUACUUCAAUACUAGCAUGCUACCCAAUAUAAAAAUAAAGAAUGAAUCGUAAUAAAGAAGUCGA